AUGGUUAAAGAUACUGAAUAUUACGAUAUCCUAGGCGUAGAACCUGAUGCCACUCCAACAGAAAUUAAGAAGGCAUACCGUAGAAAGGCUAUGCAAACUCAUCCAGAUAAGCAUCCUGAUGAUCCUGAUGCUCAAGCUAAGUUUCAAGCUGUUGGUGAAGCCUACCAAGUUUUGAGUGAUCCAGGCUUGAGAUCGAGAUAUGACGAAUUCGGUAAAGACGACGCAGUUCCCAAACAAGGUUUUGAAGAUGCAGGCGAAUAUUUCACUGCCAUUUUCGGUGGUGACGGUUUUAAGGACUGGAUCGGGGAAUUUUCAUUGAUUAAGGAAUUCACUGAUGCGUCUGAAAUGUUCGAUGAAAAUGGAAAUCCAAAGGAAAGCAAUGAAAAGGAUUCUGCUGGUAACCCUGCUGAUUCAGGGAUGGUUAAGCAUGAUGGAAAAGCUGCUUCGAAUAGAAAGGCAGACAAACUAACUAAGGAACAACGUUCUAGGAUGAUGGAAUUGGAAAAGAAAAGACGAGAAGAAAUGGCCAAACAAGUAGAUGAAUUAGCUUCCAAAUUGACCACCAAAUUAGACGAAUACCUCAUUGCUGUUAAAGAAAACCAUUUGGAUCAAUUUAAUAGAAAAUUGGACCAAGAGAUUGAAGAUUUAAAGCUAGAAAGUUUUGGUCUUGAAUUAUUGUAUUUAAUUGCUAAAGUUUAUAAGACUAAGGCAAAUAAUUUUAUUAUCUCUAAGAAGACAUACGGGUUCUCGAAAAUUUUUACAGGUACAAGGGAGAACGCAAGAACAGUUAAAUCUGCAUAUAAUUUAUUAUCUACUGGGAUAGAAACUCAAAAAGCCAUGGAAGAAAUGAACAAGGUUAAUCCAGAAGAAUUGGACCAAUAUGAAAGGGCCAAAUUCGAAAAUAUGAUAGCAGGCAAAGCCCUAGGGAUGAUGUGGGAAAUGUCGAAAUUUGAAUUACAACAAAAAUUAAAAGAAAUAUGUAAUAAAGUUUUACAAGACAAAAAUGUAUCUUCCAAGGUUCGUAUCGCUAAAGCUAAAGCUAUGCUAUAUAUAGCAGAGAAAUUUGCCAGCGCCAAAAGAUCGCCAGAAGAAGCAGAGGAAGCAAGGGUCUUUGAAGAAUUGAUUCUUGGUGAAAAGGAAAAGGAAAAGCAAAAGAAGGCUAAACACAAAAUUGGAGUCAUAUAG